GGCGGGGGCGCCCCGAUCGCUGCUGAGUUGCCGAUGAUCGCGCGCUUAUUUAUCGCGCACAUCGCACGGCAUUUCGUUACGGGCGACUUUAAUCAGCGAUAAACGGCGUAUUUCGCGCCCGCGGAUCGUCAUACAGAACGGCGUGCGCGUCCGCCGGCAAUUGGCCGCGCGGUAGCACCGCGUACCGCCCCCUCAGUACGUUAUGGAAUGCGCGACGGACUGCUACCGUGUUACGCGGCUCCGCACGAUGCCCGGCCGUAGAGGCACGCCAACGGACCGGAAUACGUACGUGCGACGCGGCCGCGGCCACGACGUCUCGCCGCCCGACACUGGACACGGUGCGUCAGGUACGUGCCUCUGCCAUCGACCGUCGUGCACCCUUCGACCGUUUGUCGAUCACGCGAGUCCCCGUGUCAUAUCUCGCCGCCGCCGUCGCCGUCGGUAGCACAACGUAUACGUGGCAACAGAGCGAGUGUGGCCGCUGUGCCGUGCGAGCGCUGUGUGCUCCGUGGGUGUCACUUCCUAGUCCGCGAGGAAUCCCGUGGCGUGCGUUCGCCACCGAUUCGUGGGGAUCCCGCGUUUCAUCGCGUAUCCCGCGUAACGUAACGUAACGUGACCUUACCGCGUCCCGGAACGGGGAUCAUCAGCCCCGUGUCCAACGCGACGCGCGACGGGGACGGGGACGGGGAGACGAGAACGGGACGCGACGCGACGCGACGCUGCGGAUCCCCGUGCGUGAUCGGAACCCCCUCGGGGGUGUGCUCAACACCUCGGUCGCCCGUCGACACCGGAACGUCGGCGUCGUCGACCCGGUCUUACGUUCGUCCCGUUCUCGCGCGCGCGCGCGAUCUGCCAUUGAAGACUCCUCUCUUAUCUUGGAACGAGCGAAUUCCUGGAUCUUGAAGAAUGGGAGGAGUUUAGCGUCGUCGAGCACGUUGCCGAAGGAUAUUGAGCUGCCGUUCGCAACGUCUUUUAGGAGCCAGGAAGCAGUCCCUUCUCAGCGAAGAUAGCGCGGUGGGAAUUUAUAAUGGUGUAUUCCCGGUGGGCCUGCUUAUUAGCUGACUACAAUGGCUAACUACAAUGGACUGACACAGAAUACGAUCAACUUGAUAUUUGGAUGCUCCUCUCUUUGCGGCAUCACUUGCAUAAAAGAGCUAGCUUGACGAGAGUUGAUGGUGCACCCUGUCGCUGUUGUCCUCCAGUCAACGUAAUGGAGGAACCGGUUAAAAAAAAGCAGCGCAUUGAGAUUAGCGCAGGUAGCAAAAACUUGCUUGCUGAUAUCGAGGAGCUGCAGAGGAACCUGCUAGCUCGAUGUUUAUGCAAUAUGCCGGAGAGCAGUUUGCGCAAGCCAUUCACCAGCUUCACAGUGGAGGAGACUGACGGUAGCAUCCGUUAUGCUGUUCUGUCUGAUUGGGACACGGUUCAAAUCCUGGAGUAUCUUAGCGCCCUACAGCUGCUGUUCGAGCUGGCUAUCAAGCAGAACGCGAAGAACGUUAUGUGCAAACGAGUGGUGGAUGUCUGCGACGCGGUGGCGCGAAACGAGCACGGCAUCGUCGAUCAGAUUAUCGACCUGUCCUACACGACCAAUAAAUUCGUGUCGUACGCAGCAAGUCGCGUGAUCGCAUCGUUCUUUAUCGUCACGAGAGACAAUGUGGAGGCUGCCUGGCUGGAGAAACUCACGCAGUCCCUAGUUAACACACACUCGCCCAACCAGAUGUUGUUUACCCUAGAUGUGGUCAAGAGAGUGGUCGAACAUAAAGACUGUAGUAUACAUCCAGAGGAUGGAGACACAUAUUUGCCACCACCCGGUUGCAAUACCUUCGUCAUCACCGACUUUGACAGUACGACGAUCAAAGCAAUGUGCGUGAAGGCGCUCGAGUCUAAGUGGACCAUUCUUGUGUCCAAGUUCAAUGACAUUCUUGGGGCGUACACGCCGCAACACGCGUCCGUUGUCAUCACGUUUCUACAUUUGUGGGAGACCAUUAUUUCGGUUAAAGCCAAUCUUUCUGUCAUCGACACCAAGACAUUUUACUCGCAGUUGAAUAAUCUCGUACUGUUAUUAAAUGCUAAUGUGCCAGGCGUAAUCUGGCGACAUUUGCUUAGACUCUUCAACGAGGUACUGUGCUACGGUAGUACUCUAGCACUACAAGACGUACUACCGGACGAGCCGUGCUCCCUGGCGCACCUGAUCGUGCGUGCCGUCAAGGAUUGGCGUCUGCUCGACGCGUUGCCGUAUCGUCACGGUUCUGGCAGGUUUGGCGGUGGCACCAGCGAGGGUGAUCGUCCUCUGCUGCAGAAAAUGGUGUUGUUAGUGCUGAAAAGCGUUGCCGUGACAGUACGGGAGACGCGCAGCGACUCUAGCGACUCGUCUCUCGGUUCUGAAGUCCAGGAUCUCGAUGAAGACAUGGCGGUAAUAGAGAGGAGUAUUCGCGAGGUACUACGUCAGUUGGACCAGUGCGUAAAGGCGUUGAUGCCCUUCCAUCCGGAGAUGCCGCUGUCGCAAUGGGUCGUCCAGAUGUUUCAUGACCAGGAUGAUUUUCUCAUAGAGGGUAUGGUCUGCUGUCUAGAUGUUGCCGUGGGCUUAUUCUAUCGAGGUCCACCACAGAAUGAUCUGGGCCAGAUGCUCAGCCCUACGUUGACCUUCGUGCAAUUCAUCCGCGCCGUGUCGCACGACCCGGGCGUUCUGCUGGAUCUGCUUGUCAGCAACGAAACUUGCUUUUUGCUGUAUCUUUUGCGAUUUCUCAAGUACAUUAAACGUAAUUGGAUUGAGUUCGUCAGGUGCUGCGGCCGUGAGCUAGACAACACCAUGACUGUACUGAUAAGACUACGGCUGUCCAUUGAUCGGCUGGUAUCCAAGAAUCUGUUCCCUUAUAAUAUUAUUCCGGUUCUUCGUCUACUCGAGAAAUGCGAAUCUUUUUACGAAGGUAACGUGGAGAACGGGUAACAAUCUCGUGUAACAUAAAGGAGAUGUUUGGAGAGAUUUGAAUCGCCACCAAGUCGACUGAGUGUGUACAUUGUAUGAACGGAAGGAAGUAUUCUCCGAUCUUAGCUUGGAAUAUCUAUCUAGACUCAGAGAAUGUUUCCAUUUAUACAGUUCCGUUCACACUAAAUUUUGCCAUCUGUAAAAUAUCAUGUGUAGUGUACAGAUUGCCGCAUACCGUCCCGUAAACGCGAAACGGCCGGACUGACUCGCCGAUUCGUCUUCUUGAGUUUUUCGAGCAUCGAUGUCAAGGACAGAUGUCUUUAAUGCUCAAAAAACUCAGGAAGACGAAUGCGUUUCUUAUUUAUUAGUCUUUAGCGAAAUUUUUCAAUGUAGCUGGAAUUACAAGAUGGAAGAACUUCCGUCUGUUUACGAAUUAGCGGAGUGUUGAGAGUUAUUCAACCGCGAUCAAGUCGGAGUACAAAAAAAAAGAACGAAAUUCGCGUUGAUUAAGUCUCAAAACGAAACUUCAUUUGUGUGUCUUACAGAAAUUUAAUACUGGACAAUUUAAUGUUGGAAGUUACUUAUUUUAAAAGCACUAAACAGUUCCAGUCAGCCAAGUCUGUUGAAAACAAAUUUUGUUGACAAAAAGUACUAAAUUUGAUGCAAAUUCUGUUACAUUCAAUGGAUAUUAGCAAAUUGGUGGCAGAUAUACAAUAAAAUCCACUGACAAAAUAUGAGAAUAAAUUGUUGGCAAAAUCGUGCAAAACUUGUUGACAAUCUGACAGCAAAUUGAUAGCAAGAAUCAAUCAAGACUGACCAAAGCUUUGCUUGGUUCUUACUGAUUAAAUUUUGCUAUCACAUUAGUCAGAAAAUUUUAUUAGCAAAAUAUAGGCUUAAGAUGUCAAUUUGCCGAAUAUUUUGAUUGAACUUGCCAAUAAUUUGUAAGCAAAUUAUUAUUUUGCUAACUAGGAGUGUUUUUAAUACUCAAGACAAAUAAUCAAUCACUACUUUCUAGUACUAAAUUUCUGUAAGGGAUGGUGCUAUGAAUUAUAUUUCUGACACCAUUGAAAACAUACAUAUUGAUGUAUACCACUAGUGUAAUAUUUAUAUGUAUACUUCGAGAGCUAUUUGUACAAUUUCCAGUCACACUUGUAAAUGUAACUUUAUUGUAUUUUCAUAAAAUACCUGAGAAAUCUGUACAUAUCUCACAAACAUCAGAGCUGACUUUGUUCCAAAUUUUGUGUUGGACGAAGUUACAUAAUCUUCCAAUAAUUCUGAAGGAAAUUAAAGGAGAAAAUUCUUGUUAUAUUAGUCUCGCAUAAAUUAUAAUGCAGCAAGUAGAAAAGAUGUAACAUAUAGAAAAUUAUGUUGUCAUCAGGUCUGGUCUCGUACAGCUUAAAUAAAAACAGACAUUUUGUAGUCUCAGAUUCCUAAUUUAAGAGCAAAGAGAAAUAACGUAAAAUAUAAUUUGCAAAUGUCAAUGUUAUGGAGAAUAAUAUAAUAAUUAAACGGC